AUGAACCUGCAAGGCUUCCCCCGAUUCUAUGAUCUCCCAGCGGAACUGCGCAUCCAGAUAUGGCGCGAAGCAUGUCCAACGCCGGGAAUCCAUGCCUUUGACGUGUGCAUUCCAUCUCCUCAGACCGGCUUGCGGAUAUUCCAGGCUCGAGCCGAAGUGAAAGGAGAGGAUGUCCACAUGCAGUUCGAGCCCCCGACCAGCGUAUUCCUCGACCAAGUCGUGGUGCCACAAACAAAGAACAAACCAGUCCCUCAAAGCGACAGCAACAAGCGAGACCAAUCUACCUGCCGCAAUGCAAAUACCAAAUGCAGCCUCACCUCAGACCCAUCAGCCUACCUCCUAACUGACUCAAUCGCACAAAGCUGCCCCGAGGCCUCCUCAUCUUUCAACCCACCCGCAUCAUCGAAUCGAAGCAGCACUACCAACACAAAGAUAAACACCGUCAACCUACCCAUACGCGGGCCAAAAGGCAAGCAAAUCCACUACAACAACCUAACCGACACCCUGCAUCUCCGCUUCGGCCCCUCCGUCUUGGCCAACACCCCUUUCGACCCCUGGUUCCUAAACCCCUACGACGGCUCCGAAGACGCCUACAUCCGGGUCUUCAAAGGCAGUCUCUCCGACAUCCUCCUCUACCCCUGGAGCACGGAGCUCACGGGUACGCUGCAGAGCGCCCGGCGGAUCGCGAUUGACAUUGCAGAUCUGCAGAUGGAGAUGGCGCCUACGCACGCGUUUGCGCUCGAGGCGAUUUACCAGGAGGUGGAGUGCUUGGUGGCGCGUUUUGCGAAGGGCUUGGAGGUCCUUUAUGCUGUUGAUUAUUGCAUGGGCCAGUGUAGGAGAUGUGAGACUGCGGGUGUGAAAGUGAGAGGAGAUUUAACGAGGAAGUUGGACUACAUUGCUGGUGAAAGAGAGCCGGAUGUCAUCUACGGGAAUGGGGCGACGUAUAGUGAAGUGUAUGAUCUAGAGGCGCUUGGCUGGAGCGAGGAGACGCCGGCGUUCAUAGUCCUGAAGAUGUUUGCUGAGGCGAUUGGCAAGCAGCAGAGGGAGGAGGGCAAGGGAGAGGUGUGCUUCCAGGGAGUUAGGGUUUUGGCUUGCCGGCAGUCAGAGAUCUGA